UAGGGCGGCAGCCAAUGGGAAGUGUCCGCGGCGGUCACAUGAUCAGUCCUUAUGUAAGAGGAGGCGGGGCAGCGGCCCCGGGAGGCUCUGGCUACUGAAUGUUGCCGAGUUCCCGGUGACACCGUUCACAGUCAGAUAUGUCCGGACCCCGCUGCGGGAUGGCGGCGCUAAAGGAAGCCUUGGAAUCCGCUCGGCCGCUGCAGCUGGAGGGGCUGGUGGAGUGCCUGCUGCGGCAGUACAGGAGCUUGGACCGAGGGGGCGCUGCAGAGGGACCCACCACCAGAGAAAAGCUGCUGUGCCCGGGCUGUGGGGGCUUCCUCCGUGACCCGGUGACCGCCCACUGCGGGCACACGUACUGCUGGCCCUGCUUGAGGGGGGAGCCAAGAAAGCGCUGCCGGGUGUGCCAGGGGGACAUGGGCUGCCCUCCCCGCCGGACUUGCGUGCUGCUCCGACAGCUGGUGGAUCGGUGUGUGCCCGGGAUCCGGGGCUGGCAGCACCGGGACAUCGCUGAGCUGCUGAGCGCCGGGCAGCACCAAGAGGCCCUGCACACUAUCCGCCUGGCCAUGGACACAGAUCCUAAUGAUUUGAUACUACGUGUUUACAGAGCGGAAUCCUAUGCUGCACUGUUUGAAUUUGGAGAAGCUCACAAGGAACUGGACUUUGUUCUCUCCAAACAACGCAACUGGCCAGAGGUCUACUUCAGAAAAGCUAAAAUUCUUCAGGACACAGGACAUCUGUAUGAAUCACUGACAACUUAUCUGCAGUGCUUGGCUGUUGAUGAAGAGUUUACAUCUGCCAUUACAGAGAUAGAAAAGAUCCUGCGUGACUUUCUAUCUCCUGCCCCAGGGACCGUAGACGGUAUACUGAAGGCUCUUGAAAUUACACCUUUGCCAAAUUUGCCAAUGAAACCUUUUGUGCUAGGAUCUGAUAAUAAAGAAACAUCUUAUCAUUUGCAAACAAAUCUGGAGCAGGAUGAAGUCUUGCCCAAACCAUUGAUGAGCCUGUCCAGCAGUGGCUUGCACCGCACACAGUCUGCGCAUGCUCUGCACUGUGAUGAGGGGGCGAAAAGAGUGGACAGUUUGAAAAGGGUAUCCUCAGAACCUCUCUUAUCCAGCCAGGAAUCUGGUGCCCUACUCAAAAGAAAACUCUCUCUCACCGAACAAGAUGCAAAUCUAUGGGAAGAUGGCAGAAAGAAGCAUAUAAGGCACGAAGAAGGCUCAGAAGACCUCUCCAUGUUACUGGCAGACCCAUCCGUCCUGCAGUCUCUGAUUGAUGGAAGUGAUUUUGAGUGCUCCCUUUGUAUGAGGUUAUUCUAUGAGCCAGUAACCACGCCUUGUGGCCAUACAUUCUGCAAGAAGUGCUUGGAACGCUGCCUGGAUCACACGCCUCAGUGUCCCUUAUGUAAACAAAGUUUAACAGAGUACCUAGCGCACAGAAUCUACAAUGUAACCUACUUGUUGGAAGAGUUAAUUAAUCAGUAUCUCCCUGAAGAGCUCUCGGAGAGGAAAAGGCUUCAUGAAGAGGAAACAUUUGAGCUAUCCAACUUAACAAAAAAUGUGCCUAUAUUUGUAUGCACAAUGGCAUAUCCAACUGUGCCUUGUCCUCUUCACGUCUUUGAGCCACGAUAUCGACUGAUGAUUCGAAGAUGCAUGGAAACUGGAACAAAGCAAUUCGGGAUGUGUAUUAGUGACCCAGAAAACAGCUUUGCAGAUUAUGGCUGCAUGCUCGAAAUCCGAAACGUUCAUUUCCUGCCUGAUGGCCGCUCUGUGGUUGAUACAAUUGGAGGGAAGAGGUUUUUCGUCUUAAAGCGUGGAAUGCAUGAUGGCUAUUGCACUGCAGAUAUUGAAUACUUAACUGAUACUCAGGUUGAGGAGGAAGAACUCCAGCAGCUCAGAGGUCUCCAUGACGCGGUUUACGCCCAGGCCUGCCGCUGGUUCCAGAACCUGAGAUACAAAUUCCGCAGCCAAAUUCUCUACCACUUUGGCUCCAUGCCAGAGAGAGAGGACAACAUACAGGUUUCCCCAAGUGGGCCAGCAUGGUGCUGGUGGCUUCUGGCUGUGUUACCUGUGGAUCCCAGGUAUCAGCUGUCUGUCCUUUCUAUGAGAUCUCUAAAAGAACGUCUCCUGAAAAUCCAGCACAUACUGACCUGUUUUUCUAGAGACCAAUCCAAAUGACUAACCGCCUGGAGCUUCCUCACAAGUCAUCCACUACUGACUCUAAUCACUGCUGGAGUCUUUGCCGUCUUUGCACAUAUGACAUUAGCUUGAAUUCAUGCUCGGCAUAAUGUGUAUUUCCACAAGGUGGAACUGCUUCCAAUUGUACGAAAGAAGAGGGAAAUAAUAUAUCUUGCUUUCCUUUUUUAGAUUACAGAAUAUGUAUUGCACUAUGUAUAAAGUUGUUUGUUUGUAUUAUAAAUAAUGUAAAUUAUUUUAGUCUAUUUUGAAUAAAAGACUUAAGUGUG